GUCCGCCCUGAGCCAGCUGCCGCAGCGGGUCGCCGUAGUGAUGACCAUGGACGCUAACGCUGCCACAGCGCCUCAGCUCCCGCACGUCGGCUUCGCGGGCCAGCGCCGUACAUGCAUUCACUUGAACGGCAACGGUGCCCGCCUGCUAGACCUCCUCCAGACGUUCCACCUGUCGGCCCUCGACACCUUCGGCAAGCGCACGAGACAGAACGGUACGUGGAAGCAUGUGAUCGGCAAGGGAUGGACGACCAUAGACUACAUAUGUGUUAGAUUGUGCGGUGCCUACGGCGCCAAA